CAUCAAGUAUCCUAACUGGACAGACUUCUGAAUCUUCACCUUCAACAGACCAAACAAUCCAGCAAUCAUCAGCAUUUCCAUCCACAGAUGAAACCAUGAUUUCAUUUUCAACAACUGAACACAUGUCCACAGCUAUACUAACAUCAUUCACAGAAAUUACAACAGAAACGCUUCCUACAAAGGAAGUGUCCACACAAGUAAGUUCAGAGUUUUCAACUGAAGGGACGCAAUCUCAAUCAACUAUUGACUCAGCAACAACUUUAACAUCAGAGGAAUCAGCUCAUUCCACUUUGUCCACCUCAAGCGAUGCUGUCCAUUCAACGACAUCCACCCACUCGACAUCUAUGCCUUUAACACAUUAUCCAUCUGUCAGUUCUGACACUACAGAACCAACUUCAACAGAGUUCACAUCAAGUAUAAUAAUUGGAGAGACUUCACCUGAACCAGCCCAAACCAGCCAGCACUCAUCAGCACCUCCAACAACUGAACACAAUACCACAACCAUACUACCAUCAUUCACAACAAGUCCAACUGAAACAUUUCCUACAACCGAUGUAUCCACAACAUCAGUAGUGACCACAGUAACAGAAAGCACAAUCCAAACAAGUCCAAUAGUGUCUGCAACAGUGGAGUCGCCACAUUCCACUGUGUUCUCAACUGAAAAUGUAUAUUCAACACCAUCCACCUACUCAACUUCCAUGCCCUUAACACCUUAUCCAGGCAGUUCCGAAACUGGAGAACCAACUUCACCAGAUUACACAUCAACUAUCCUAACUGGACAGACUUCUGAAUCUUCACCUUCACCAGACAACACAAUCCAGCAAUCAUCAGCAUUUCCAUCCACAGAUGAAACCAUGUCUUCAUUUUCAACAACUGAACACAUGUCCACAGCUAUACUAACAUCAUUCACAGAAAUUACAACAGAAACGCUUCCUACAAAGGAAGUGUCCACACAAGUAACUUCGGAGUUUUCAACUGAAGGGACGCAAUCUCAAUCAACUAUUGACUCAGCAACAACUUUAACAUCAGAGGAAUCAGCUCAUUCCACUUUGUCCACCUCAAGCGAUGCUGUCCAUUCAACGACAUCCACCCACUCGACAUCUAUGCCUUUAACACCUUAUCCAUCCGUCAGUUCUGACACUACAGAACCAACUUCAACAGAGUACACAUCAAGUAUAGUAAUUGGAGAGACUUCACCUGAACCAGCCCAAACCAGCCAGCACUCAUCGGCACCUCCAACAACUGAACACAAUACCACAACCAUACUACCAUCAUUCACAACAAGUCCAACUGAAACAUUUCCUACAACCGAUGUAUCCACAACAUCAGUAGUGACCACAGUAACAGAAAGCACAAUCCAAACAAGUCCAAUAGAGUCUGCAACAGAGGAGUCGCCACAUUCCACUGUGUUCUCAACUGAAAAUGUCUAUUCAACACCAUCCACCUACUCAACUUCCAUGCCCUUAACACCUUAUCCAGGCAGUUCCGAAACUGGAGAGCCAACUUCACCAGAGUACACAUCAACUAUCCUAACUGGACAGACUUCUGAAUCUUCACCUUCACCAGACAACACAAUCCAGCAAUCAUCAGCAUUUCCAUCCACAGAUGAAACCAUGGCUUCAUUUUCAACAACUGAACACAUGUCCACAGCUAUACUAACAUCAUUCACAGAAAUUACAACAGGAACGCUUCCUACAAAGGAAGUGUCCACACAAGUAACUUCGGAGUUUUCAACUGAAGGGACGCAAUCUCAAUCAACUAUUGACUCAGCAACAACUUUAACAUCAGAGGAAUCAGCUCAUUCCACUUUGUCCACCUCAAGCGAUGCUGUCCAUUCAACGACAUCCACCCACUCGACAUCUAUGCCUUUAACACAUUAUCCAUCUGUCAGUUCUGACACUACAGAACCAACUUCAACAGACUACACAUCAAGUAUAGUAAUUGGAGAGACCUCACCUGAACCAGCCCAAACCAGCCAGCACUCAUCGGCACCUCCAACAACUGAACACAAUACCACAACCAUACUACCAUCAUUCACAACAAGUCCAACUGAAAUAUUUCCUACAACCGAUGUAUCCACAACAUCAGUAGUGACCACAGUAACAGAAAGCACAAUCCGAACAAGUUCAAUAGUGUCUGCAACAGAGGAGUCGCCACAUUCCACUGUGUACUCAACUGAAAAUGUCUAUUCAACACCAUCCACCUACUCAACAUCCAUGCCCUUAACACCUUAUCCAGGCAGUUCCGAAACUGGAGAACCAACUUCACCAGAGUACACAUCAAAUAUCCUAACUGGACAGACUUCCGAAUCUUCACCUUCACCAGACCAAACAAUCCAACAAUCAUCAGCAUUUCCAUCCACAGAUGAAACCAUGGUUUCAUUUUCAACAACUGAACACAUGUCCACAGCUAUACUAACAUCAUUCACAGAAAUUACAACGGAAACGCUUCCUACAAAGGAAGUGUCCACACAAGUAACUUCGGAGUUUUCAACUGAAGGGACGCAAUCUCAAUCAACUAUUGACUCAGCAACAACUUUAACAUCAGAGGAAUCAGCUCAUUCCACUUUGUCCACCUCAAGCGAUGCUGUCCAUUCAACGACAUCCACCCACUCGACAUCUAUGCCUUUAACACAUUAUCCAUCCUUCAGUUCUGACACUACAGAACCAACUUCAUCAGAGUACACAUCAAGUAUAGUAAUUGGAGAGACUUCACCUGAACCAGCCCAAACCAGCCAGCACUCAUCGGCACCUCCAACAACUGAACACAAUACCACAACCAUACUACCAUCAUUCACAACAAGUCCAACUGAAACAUUUCCUACAACCGAUGUAUCCACAACAUCAGUAGUGACCACAGUAACAGAAAGCACAAUCCAAACAAGUCCAAUAGUGUCUGCAACAGUGGACUCGCCACAUUCCACUGUGUUCUCAACUGAAAAUGUAUAUUCAACACCAUCCACCUACUCAACUACCAUGCAUUUAACACCUUAUCCAGGCAGUUCCGAAACUGGAGAACCAACUUCACCAGAAUACACAUCAACUAUCCUAACUGGACAGACUUCUGAAUCUUCACCUUCACCAGACAACACAAUCCAGCAAUCAUCAGCAUUUCCAUCCACAGAUGAAACCAUGGCUUCAUUUUCAACAACUGAACACAUGUCCACAGCUAUACUAACAUCUUUCACAGAAAUUACAACGGAAACACUUCCUACAAAGGAAGUGUCCACACAAGUAAGUUCAGAGUUUUCAACUGAAGGGACGCAAUCUCAAUCAACUAUGGACUCAGCAACAACUUUAACAUCAGAGGCAUCAGCUCAUUCCACUUUGUCCACCUCAAGCGAUGCUGUCCAUUCAACGACAUCCACCCACUCGACAUCUAUGCCUUUAACACAUUAUCCAUCCGUCAGUUCUGACACUACAGAACCAACUUCAACAGAGUACACAUCAAGUAUAUCAAAUCUAUCCUCUACCAACAGUGCAACUUCUUUUCUUGGAUCUACAGCUGAUCAAGUGAAUCAAUCCACAACAUUACCUUCUACUAGUUCACAAAAUUCUGUAUUGACAAGUCCAUCUUCUCCAUCAACUAUCACCGUAAACAGCUGUACAGAUUGCCAGUGUAAUGGAGCACCAUGUUUCUUUAAUGUGACUUCUGAAUUAUGUCAAUGCAUUUGCAGUGAUUACACUUACGGUGAUUCAUGUAGUUUUGCAGUUAACACAAGACCUGUUAUAUUAUCUGAGGAGAGACCAACAAGAAAGGCAAACAUUUCUUUGAGAAUUUUAAAGGAAUAUAAUACUGACUAUGGCAAUUUAAAUUCUGAGGCAUCCAAAAAUUUGAUUUCAGUUUUAUCACAUGGGCUUUCUGGAAUUUGCAGAAGAGCAGCACCACAAAAUUUCAGAGAUGUAAAGAUCCUCAGAUUAUUACCUGGUAGCAUCAUUGUCGAAAGCAUUGCAGAGUACAACUAUCCCAACAACCAAUCCCAAAUAGGUUUUCUCAACAAGGAUCUAGAACCCUCACUGAAAAAGUUGUUUGAUAGUCCAGAUUUAAGUGAAGCACUUGGAAAUGUUUCUGUUCAGGGUGUAGCGGUUCUAAUGCAGACAGCUGAAAUAGAAUAUAUUUCAGACCUGAAACCAUACUUGAAUUGCAGUUCGGAUUUUGCCAAUUACACACUGAAUUUGGUGGAAGGUGCCUGGGAGUGUGAGGGGCCAUGCAAACAUAACCCCAGAUACUGCAACGCUCACGGAGAUUGUGUGAACAUGAAAACUGGCCCGAUGUGCCUAUGCUACAAGUCUUCUUUUCAAGAAUACUACGGUCCACAGUGCGAGCUUUUCCACAGAGGUGCAGGGUUUUAUGGCGCUCUCUUCGGGAGUUUAGGAGCUGCCCUUCUUCUUUUCAUAACUGUGACAAUCGGGAUUGUAGUAGUACGACUGAGGCGCUGUAGAUGCUGGUCUUUGAGCAGCAGUUAUGAUUCGAGUAGUUCGGGCUUGUUUGGUGACUACUUCUUCGACUUCACAGAGAGAGGUAAAAAAUGUCAUCUUCAGAAGUACACUAUGCAUAACGAUCUACGAGAUGCAGAGGCUGGAGUAUUUAACUGAUAUUUUGAGAAUGUUGAUACCUUAUUUGUAAGGUGAAGAUACAAUAACAGAAGCAAAGCCAUGAUUUUAUCCAUAUCUUUCUGAAGCUAUGCUGUCUUUCCUACACAGUAAAUAACUGUGACAGAGGACUUUAAAUCUAUAUCUCUCAAUUUUAUUCUGAUGUGAAAUGAUUACACUAGUACAGAUUUGUAGGUUACAUUAUCAUUUUGGAACACUUCCAAAGAAAAUACAAAUAAUAGCUUAUAGAUUAUUACUUUAGACAAUAUUUAUUUCU